CGCGUCUUGGUGGGGGCGGUUUACGACAGCAAAAAAUGCGGUUAGCAACAACGCAAACACACCGACCGAUAUCCGCACCAGCCAACCAGGCACCUGCCGUUCUCACAACGUUGCUUUGCUUUCCCAAACACAAACACACACACACUCUCACCCCCCCCCCUCCUCACCUCUCUCUUGCCUCUGUCUCUUUUACGUCACAGCCGCUUUGGCUUUGCUUCCGCGCUGUGCUUUCCUUUUGAUUUCCUCAUUGUUUGCUUGCACUGCCACCCCACACCCCACACCCCAAGCGUCGCUCUGGUUCCUCCAGCCUGUGCCAUGCACAUGUCCUGUUUUGGUUAGCAACAGACACACAGACCACACGCACACCAAAGCCACUAUUACGACUGCGUUACACGUUCAGAGGGAUCCCGUGUACCUGGGGGCGCACCCAUCUCAACAGGGGCGCUGACUUUGCAUCAGCAAGUCACCCCGUUCCGCAAUAACCCCCACCCCCCUUUCUCUAUUUUCCUCCACACAUAUCCCCUCAACACACAUCCCCCCAACACAUAUCCCCUCACAAUGGCAACCACACAGCGGGAAGGGUCGCCCUCGCGUGCAAGCAACAGCGACACCAACACCCAUGUAUCCUCAUCUCGCUCUCGCCACUCUUCUGCCAGCCAGGGUGGAGUUGUGCUGCCGUUCACGCGUCGGCUGCAUGAGAUCAACACCCAGGACCUCCUGGCCUCAUGCUCGCCCCAGCACGCACCGCUGUCCCCAUCAUCACUGCCCUACACAUCACAGCACCGCCUCCUCUUCCAACAUCAGCAACAACAGCAGCAGUACUCACAGCAGGUCUUCGAGUAUGAUGCGGUCUCCAUAUCCGCCGUGAGCGCCAGCACGCCGCGGCCGCUUGUGGCGCAAAGCACACCUAACAGGCUUGUGCUUCCCCAGCUCUACACCCCAGACACAACCGGCAUGCAAACGCCCGCCGACAGCAGCAUCCUCUCCCACGUGCAGCACCAGCACCAGCACCACCAUCAACAACAGCACCACAGGAUGCGAGGACGGCGGUCCAUCAGUCUUGGCAGCAGCUUCGGUGACGACCACGCCAUGUCUGCAAACAGCAGGAUACAGCAGCACCACCAGCACCAUCAUCAUCAACAACAACAACAACAGCACCGCCAGCACUAUCAACUACAACGGCAGGUAUCCUUGCGCCGGGGACGCGUGCGACGAGGCAUGUCUGACAGCAUGGCACCACAGGCUGCUGUGGAGCGUGACGCACAGGCAUUGGCGCAGCCCAAAGCCAAUGGCUCAGACCUUGCUGCCGAGUCAACCACAGGCAACACCAACACUAACAGCGACAACAACACCACUGGUAGUCGACGCGCCCGCAGUGGCACUCGGCGUGAGCGGCGGAGGCGGGGGCGGGGUGUGGCGAUAGCGCCGACAACACGUGCAGCAUCAACACCACCACCACCACCACCACAACAACAACAACAACAACAACAACAACAACAACAACAACAACAACACCGUCACCGAGCGUCUCGAAUGGAGAUGGUGUCGUCAUCGUCGUCACUGGCGGAUACAAUUGACUCGAGCGUGUUUGAUGGCGAUAUCAGCCCCCUGCAGGCCCUCGGCCUCUCCGCAGACACAUCACCAUCGCCGUCGUUUGCCGGCAGGCGUACACACUCCCCCGCUGAUGUGUUUACCUUCAACCUGCACCAUGGCGACGACAGCAGCCACCACCACCACCAACAUCGUCUUCAUCGCCGGCACAGCAGCUCGGGACUGCGGCGCCAACAGCACAGCGGCAGUGAUGUUGACAGCAGGGGCGGUGGCGGCUCUGGGAGGAUAGACGAUGAUAUGGGAGGUGGGAUGACACGACCAACACCACGUCCGCCACGCAGUCCCGUGAGCACACGCAAACACACCCAUGGUCGCAGCAGCAUCCACCACCGCCGUGGCAGCAGUUGUGGUGGCGGUGGUGGUGGUGAUAGGACAGGUAUGAAGACCCAGGCUAUCAUUCGUGGUGGUGGUGAUGAUGGCGAUGAUGACGGUGAUUUGGAUGCAACGCUGAUAGCGUCAGACCCAGACGCGUUGGCACUGCACAACGGCUACAGCGAUGGCGGCGCUGGUGGCGUGCGCGCACACGCACACGAUUCCGACGACAGCACCACCACCGAUGAGGACGUGGUUGAAGGUGCGAACGCAAGCGGUGCCCAGGGGCGUGGUGGAGCGGGGGUGCGCCACAGAGCAGAUAUGAGGGUGGUGGUGGCUGAGAGCCAGCGUGGCGAUGAUGGCCAAACACAGGUGCAGGUGGAGCGGGUCACCAGCACCACCAUCACUGCCGAAGCCGUCAACGACGACGACGACGACGAAGAUGAUGAUGGUGAUGACGAUGAUGAUGAUGAUGAUGGUGAUGAUGAUGAUGAUGGUGAUAACGAUGAUGAUGAUGGUGAUGAUGAUGAUGAUGAUUUGUGGCAGAUUGUGUCGUUGGCCAAGCAGCAUCUGCGCGAACAUGAUUCUGACAGCAGCACGCCGUCACCACCACCACAGCAACAGCAGCAACAACAGCGAUCAGCCAUACUUACAGGUGCAAAACGCACCAGCACUGCUGCCACCGCCACCACUGCACCAACUGCGAUGGCACCACGUGCAGCAACAGCGCCGCGCCGCAGCAUGACACGGCACUCCUCCUCGUCCUCCCUCUCGUCGCAUGCCGCCGUUCGCGACAGCAUAAGCUUUGAUGUCAUGGAGCGUGCUGCAACGCCUUUUGACGAAGACGAAGACGAUGAUGAUGACGAUUAUGAUGAUGAUGGUGGUGGUGGUGGUGGUGACGGGAGUGUGCGCGGGUGGAAGGACGUGCGUGCAGCGCGGCAGCGACGGCAGCGGCUGUUGGCAGAUGUUGUUGGGCAGUGGUCCCGUGUCCGGCAGGUGUCACUACAGCCGGGGGCGCUGGAGGCGGUGGCUGAGGUGAUGGAGGGCGUUGGUGAGGUGGCGGGUGACGACAGCGCGAGCGGCAGAAGAAAAGGGGUAGAGGGUGCUGAUGAUGGUGGUGGUGGCGAUGAUGAUGACGAUGACGAUGAAGAUGAUGACGGCAUUGGUGGUGCUGGUGAUGAUGCUGGCGGUGCACACAGCAUGUCAACGAAGAGCAGCAGCACGAACAGGAAGAGCAAGAAGAAGAACAAAAGGGGGAGGAAGAUGGGGAAGGGGAAGAAGAACAAGCAGAGCGGGCAGACGCGCCGUCGAAGUGCAAGCACAAGUCUGUUGGACCAGCACCACCGCAUCACACCACGUACGCCAUCACAGGCGCGGCUCAGCAUGAUGCUGGACUCGCUGCUUGAGGGCCGCCCGCCCGACCUCGCCACGCUGCGUAAAGCAAUGGACCUGACAGACAAGCCCUCGGAGAUGCCCCAGCAGCUGCGCAUCCACGUGGUGACGUGGAACAUGAACGAGCAGGACAUUCCGGGCACGGUGGAGCCGCUGCUCGUGCCCGCAGCAAAGACAGGCCGCAACAGCGUCGGUGGCAAUAGAGGUGGUGGUGGUGGUGGUGGUGGUGGUGGUGGUGGCAACGGUCAGCGUGCACAUGGGCAAGCAGCAGAUGGGUCAGCGACCACAAAUGGCACGAGUGGCAGCAGCGGCCUGGGCGGUGGCGGAGAGACUGAUGAGCCAAUUGACCUGUAUGUGGUGGCGACACAAGAGGGCACGAUAGCUCGGCGGGCAUGGCAGCUGAAGCUUCAGGAGCAGCUGGGCCCGCGCUAUGCCCUACUGCACUCGCACUUCCUCAUGGGCAUCCACAUGUGUGUGUUUGUGCGACGUCAGCUCAUCUGGUUGGUGGACAACGUCAUGUCCAGCCACGUGCCGACCAAGCUAGGCGGUAUGCUGCGAACAAAGGGCGCUGUUGGCAUUGCCGUCAACUUCAAGACCGUGUCGCUGCUCUUCAUUGACUCGCAUCUUGCCGCCCACCGCUCCAAGCUGCGCGAUCGUAAUGAAAACUAUAACACGAUUCGACGCACGCUUAACCUCCGCCCGCCCACGCGUGGCGCCGCCAUGCCGCAAACGCCGGAGACGCCGCGCAGGGGACGCUUCUCCGGUGGGAGUUCCUCUGCGCGAGAUGCACUGGAGCAGUUUGACUUUGUGUUCUGGUGCGGCGAUCUCAACUAUCGCGUGGACUGCUCGCGUGACCUCGCAGAAUACCUGCUGGCAAACGGCGACUACGAGUACCUUCAGUCGCUCGACCAGCUCCAGCGCUGCCAGGAGCAGGGCACUGCCUUUGCAGACUUCAGCGAAGGGCCAAUCAAGUUUCUUCCCACGUUCAAGUAUGACAUCGGGACGUCGCGUUUCGACACGUCGCAGAAGCAGCGCGUGCCGUCCUGGACAGACCGGAUCCUAUGGAAGACAAAACCAGAACUGAGCAACCGCGUCACGUGCCAGCUCUACUCGAGCGUCCCAAAGGUCACCUCGUCAGACCACAAACCCGUGUUUGGCACGUACACCAUCCAGCUGCCUGAGCUAGGAGAGGGCAACACGGUACUCGACCUUGACCGUACGCAUCCAUAUGACUUCAAGGCGUACAUGAAGGGAAACAGGCGCCACUUCUUCCAGAACGCCCCCUCCCUCGCCAGCACAGACAACUCCAUUUCCGAAGCGCAUGAUCGCCCACCCACCGCGCCAGCCUCCGCCACCAACACUAUCCGGCCCACCUUCCGUGACCGGGUUGCCUAUCGCAGUGCGAUCUGUUCCGUUAUGUAGCCAGCAGCAACCCCCCCACAAGCAUGAAGAACCACAAGCAAAGGAAGGGUGCCCCCUUUGUUCGCGUGCAUGCACGUCAUGAUUCCCAUGGCUACCUUUUGCUUUUGCCUGCUUUGCUUUUGCUGGCUUGCUUGCUUGAUGCCAGCAUCGUGUUGUUUACUGCGACCGCCAACAUCUUCAAUCAACCCUUCUGUUUUCUUCCCUUCAUCUUGUUUAACCGCCACUUGAAUGACUGCAUGCUUGAAUACGAAAGCGCUCGUGUGUAAUUGAAGCACCAAUGUGAAUGUCGGGUGUUUGUUUCUCCCUCCGCCUGCCUGUCCAUUGUAUUUUACAUUAGGUUCGGUCUGUUGUGUGAUUUGAUGAAUGUGUAUUUCACUGCUAUGAAACCUCUCGCUUGGA